AACCGCAAAAAAAGAAAAAGAAAAAGAAAAAGAAAAUGGCCUCCCAAUCCUCCCCACCACCUUUCCAAACCGCCCUCCUAGCCGGCGCCCUCGCCGGCACCACCGUCGACCUCUCUCUCUUCCCGCUCGACACGCUCAAGACCCGUCUCCAAUCGGCCCAAGGCUUUUUCGCCAGCGGCGGUUUCCGGGGAAUCUACCGCGGCGUCGGCUCCUGCGUUAUUGGUUCCGCUCCGGGAGCUGCCUUUUUCUUCGUUACUUAUGAGACCACCAAGGGGUUUCUUUCUACGACAGGUUCGACAACAACAACACAUACGGGGGACACAAAAGGACAGGGGAAGGGUCUGAGCCCGGGGGUGCAACACGGAAUCGCGGCAAGUCUGGGCGAGAUCGCCGCUUGUGCGGUCCGCGUGCCGACCGAGGUGAUCAAGCAGCGGGCGCAAGCAGGUCAACAUGGCGGGUCGAGCUUGAGCAGCUUGCUGCACAUCCUCCACCAGCGCUCGACCAUCGGCCUGACAGGGGUGUGGAGGGAGCUGUACAGGGGGUGGGGCAUCACGGUGAUGAGGGAGGUGCCGUUUACGGUGCUGCAGUUCCCGCUGUGGGAGUCGCUCAAGAAAUGGGGACGCGAGCGCCGCCAACGAACUGGCCGGGGCCUGUUUGGGGACUCGGCCACGGGUAAAGAUGAUAAAGACGUUAGUGCUCCCGAGAGCGCAUUGUACGGAAGCUUGGCGGGCGGGUUUGCGGCGGCCUUGACGACGCCUUUGGAUGUGCUCAAGACCAGGAUCAUGUUGAGCGAGAGGAGGGAGGGGGUGGUCAGCCUAAUAAAAACAAUUUGGAGGGAUGGGAAGACAAAGACGGGAAGUGGCAUCAGGCCGUUCUUCAGUGGCAUUGGGCCAAGAGUGAUGUGGAUCAGUAUCGGAGGAGCGAUUUUCCUGGGGAGUUAUCAGAGUGUUGUUAAUGCUUUUGAGGGGACGACGAGAAAGAAGAGCAGUGGUGGGGAGUUGUCGCUCUAAGGAAGGGUCUGGUAAUUCGGG